AUGAUGUAUCUCUUAUCAUCUUGUGUUGAAAAUGCGGUGAUUAGUUAUUCAAGUGACAAGCCAGACAUGAUUCAUUUCUAUAACCAGUCAAAACGAGGUGUAGAUUCCUUUGAUCAAAUGUGCUCUUCAAUGUCGUGCAGUUGCAAAACUAAUGGAUGCCCAAUGGCUGUUUUCUACGGCAUCUUGAACAUGACGUUUAUCAACUUUCUUGUUAUUUAUGGCCAAAACAUAAUCAAGAACAAUAAAAUACCCCUAAAUAGGGGAGAAUUCAUGAAGCAGCUCAGCACAGAUUUGAUCAAGCAUUGGAUGGAGAUGAAACUUGAAGCGCCGACUUUGAAAAGAUGUUUACGAGAAAACAUAAGCCAAAAUCUAGUAAAAUCUACUGAUUCAAGUAAUGAAGUUCAGAAGGGAGAACCAGACGCAAAUACUGCGCUUAUUGCUCUUACAAAAAAAGAGAAUGUCUAA